AUGGACUAUCUCCCAGAAAACAUCCAAACGCUCCUCACCCAAGCUACAACAACCCUCCCACUAAACCACCCGCUCCUCAAAAACCUCACCACCCUCGCCCUCCCCCUCACCCUCCCAACAAUCAUGUCCCCCACGAUAACAACCCACCUGACCACCCUCCGCGAAACCUACCUCAAUCCCUACAUGAUCGACCCGAUCUCGAAACUCCUCGCCUCCUCCUGCCCAGACUACGUCUCCGUCCUUGUCCUCGUCGCCAUCUUAUACAUCUCGCUCAAGGUCCUGGAUUAUGCCCGCCGGGUGGUGCUCUUCUGGGUGCGUCUGGUGCUGAGGGUACUGUGGUGGGGUGCCAUCUUCGCAAGCGGGUAUUAUGUUUAUUCGGUGGGGUUGGUGCAGACGGGGAGGGAUGUCGGUUGGGUGUUGGGUGCGUUGGGGGGGUUUGUGGAUGGGUUUUGGGAGGGGAUGGAGGGGGGGAGGGGGGGUUCUUCUUCAACUUCUUCUGGGGGGGCGUCUUCGUCGGGUUCUGGGGGUGGGUAUUCGAGGAAGGGGCUGUUUAGUUGA